UCUAUCCAUAUCAAUCACCACCCAUCAAAGACUGUUUCACAAACUUGAGAGAGGUUGCACCUCAAGAAAGAAGAAAGGAAAAUGAGUUCUACUAGAAGAGCAUGGAUUGUAGCAGCUAGCGUCGGAGCUGUUGAAGUAUUGAAGGAUCAAGGGAUCUGCAGAUGGAAUUAUGCUCUUAGGCGUCUCCACCAACAUGCCAAGAACAAUAUGGGAUCGUUCUCUCAGGCUAGGAGUCGUCUCGCUUCUCACAAGGCCCUGAGAGACCAUGAGAAGAUGAAGCAAUCUGAAGAGUCACUCAGGAAAGUAAUGUAUCUAAGCUGCUGGGGUCCCAACUGAUCUGGCGGAGAGAACACCCCUCUUUACAGUUUUGGAGUGUUUAAAUUGGGCAAAGAAAAGAACAGGAAGAGAAAUUGGAGAUGACGAGUUCUAAUUGAAAUGCCCAAAAGCCUCCUUGGCUCUCUGCAAUGAGAAAACAAAAGCUUCCUUGACUCGGCAUGAGAUCUAAUGUGUCACUGUUGUAAAUUAUUGUAUAUGCCCCUUUUACACAACUAUAUAUAUAUAUAUAUCUCCACUUCUUCUUCUUCAAA